GGAGUGAGCAUCUCUGACUUCUCAUCUCUUUCCAGACUGACAGUCAGUGUACUAACCAAAGUCUGCGGUUCACUAGAAGCUGAAGAAUGUUUGAAAGUGUUUGAUUUGGGGUUUUUAAGAUUCGUUUACCUCCUACUAUCACUUUGAUUGGAUGCUGAAAGCCUCCUGUGGUGUUUUAAGUUGAUUCAUUUGGGAUCUUUGUGAUUAUUUUCUUUUUUCCUCAGGGGUAAGGAUGUUCCCAUUUUUUGCAUCAUUACUUUUGAUAGCAUCACUUUCCAGAACUUUGGCCCAAAACUUGGAUGAAGAAGGAAAAACACACAGGAGAUCCAGGCUCAAGGCAGUGGCCACAAGCAUCCAUGAUGGGCAAGCCAUCCUGGAUGAGGACUGCAGUUUGGAGCUCUCCUUCCUAUUGGACAGUUCUGAAAGUGCAAAAGACAACUACGAGCACCAAAAGCGGUUUGCUAUGGACAUUGUGGACAGACUCCGAGGUGCACGGCUGCCCUCCGGCCGCAGCCUGAGCUCCAGGGUGGCUCUGCUGCAGUACAGCAGCCAUGUCAUCAAAGAGCAAACGUUCAAAGACUGGAAGGGAGCAGAGAACUUCAAGAACCGGAUCACACCUGUAACCUAUAUUGGACAUGGCACCUACACCACCUACGCCAUCACCAACAUCACUCAGAUCUACCAGGACGAAUCCAGACCCGGCAGCAUCAGAGUGGUGCUUUUGCUCACAGAUGGCGUUUCCCACCCGAGGAACCCGGACAUGUUUUCUGCAGUCGCUGAUGCCAAGAACCAGGACAUCAAGUUCUUCAUAGUGGGCAUCACCCGGUUAGCCAAAGAGCCGGCGAAUGUAGCCGAGCUCCGCCUCCUCGCCAGCUCCCCCGUGACCCGCUUUCUCCACAACCUACAGGACGAAGGCGUAGUUGAAAAGAUCUUCAGUGAAGUGACAGCCUUAUCUGAUGAAGGGUGUCCUCUGGCUCAGAGAUGUGCUUGUGAGAGAGGAGAACGAGGAGCCAUCGGUCCUGCGGGGAAAAAGGGUCGUCCCGGUGAAGAUGGAGCUCCGGGGCAGAAAGGGCAAAAGGGUGAAGCAGGGUUGAGUGGAAUACCUGGACGAGAGGGCUCGGAGGGGAAACCAGGGUACAACGGAGAGAAGGGUGAAAGGGGUGAGUGUGGCACUCCAGGAGUCAAAGGAGACAGGGGUCCUGAAGGUCCAGCUGGGACAAAAGGAACAAGAGGACUGCAGGGGUUACCAGGACCUCAUGGAGACGUCGGAGCAGAGGGCCCCCAGGGGAAGCAGGGUGAAAGAGGCCCAGCUGGUCCUCCGGGAAUCCAGGGAGAGACAGGAAUUGGACUUCCUGGACCAAAAGGUAACAUGGGAUUCCAGGGUCGACCGGGUCCUCCUGGUCCUCCCGGAGUGGGUGAACCUGGUCCUUCUGGACCUCAAGGACAGCAAGGUGUUCAAGGGGAAAAGGGACCCCAGGGAGAGGGGUUUCCUGGACCAAAGGGGGACCGAGGGCUCCUUGGGCUGAGAGGACCAAGAGGACAGCAGGGUGUUGGCAUCAAAGGAGAAAAGGGUGAAUUUGGACCUCUAGGGCAUCCUGGACCUACUGGACCAGUAGGGGUAGGCAUUCAGGGAGAAAAGGGGGUCGAAGGACCCAGGGGUCCACCAGGGGUCAGAGGACUUCCAGGAGAAGGUUUACCUGGACCUAAGGGAGAUCAAGGGUUACCAGGAGAGCAGGGAGCUACUGGAGAACGGGGUAUUGGUGAACCUGGUUCAAAGGGAGAACCUGGAGCAUCAGGAUUGGGUGGUCUGCCCGGUCUUCCCGGAGAUGAUGGAGCUCCAGGACAGAAAGGGGAGCCUGGAUUACCGGGUUUGAGGGGUCCAGAGGGAGCACAAGGAAUUGGCAUUCAAGGAGAAAAGGGUGACCAGGGUCUAAGAGGUAUACGUGGUCUUCACGGGCCUUCUGGAAUCCCAGGACCAUCUGGACCAAAAGGUGAACGUGGAAUUCCAGGGCCACAGGGCAACCAGGGGCAGCCAGGACGGUCCGUAUCAGGUCCAAAGGGUGAUGUUGGUCCUGUUGGUCCUCCAGGCCCCAUUGGAGAAACAGGUCUGGGGAUACCUGGACCAAAGGGUGAUCGAGGUCUGCCAGGUUUGCCAGGUCCACUUGGCCCAAAAGGUGAAGGCAGCCAAGGCCCUGUGGGUCCUCCCGGUAUGCCGGGGUUGCCAGGUGAACCCGGCCUAGAGGGAGUGGGAAUUCCUGGUCCUAAGGGGGAUGUGGGCUUUAGGGGACCACCCGGUUUGCCUGGUCCCCCUGGUGAAGGCGUACAAGGACCUUCGGGCAAUAUUGGGAGACCAGGUCCUCCUGGUCCAUCUGGACCUCCAGGACAAGGUAUUCAAGGUCCAAAGGGUGAUCCAGGAUCUCAAGGUAUGACUGGGCCCAGAGGAUCUCAAGGAGAAGGACUUCCUGGACCAAAGGGGGACCGUGGGUUACAGGGUGAAAGAGGGAUGAAAGGUACUAAAGGAGACAUGGGAGAUGCUGGAGUCCCUGGAGAAAUGGGGAAAGCAGGAACUAAAGGAGAACCGGGCCUCACUAAAGAAGACGUUAUCAAGAUGAUCAAAGAAAUCUGUGGAUGUGGCAUCAAGUGCAAAGAAAGGCCGAUGGAGCUCGUGUUUGUCAUCGACAGCUCGGAGAGCGUGGGCCCUGAAAACUUUGGGAUCAUCAAGGACUUUGUCACAAGGCUGGUGGACCGAACCACCGUCGGACGCAACGCCACAAGAAUCGGACUGGUUCUCUACAGCCUGGAUGUCCAUUUAGAGUUCAACCUGACUCGCUACGUGAGCAAGGAGGACGUAAAGCAAGCUAUCAGGAAAAUGCCCUACAUGGGGGAGGGCACUUACACGGGGACUGCUAUAAGAAAGGCGACUCAGGGGGCCUUCUUCAGCGCCCGACCCGGAGUUAGAAAAGUCGCCAUUGUCAUCACUGAUGGACAGACGGACAAACGAGAACCUGUGAAGCUUGACAUGGCAGUGAGGGAGGCUCAUGCUGCCAACAUUGAGAUGUAUGCUUUAGGAAUAGUUAACUCCUCAGAUCCUACACAGGCGGAGUUCCUGAGAGAAAUCAACCUCAUUGCUUCUGACCCUGACAGCGAACACAUGUUCCUAAUUGAUGACUUCAACACUCUGCCAGCACUGGAGUCUAAACUCGUCAGUCAGUUCUGUGAAGAUGAAAAUGGCGCCCUCAUAUACAAUCACAUCCCAACUGGACCCUGGAAUGGCAACAGCGGGCUUGGGUUUAAUAGAAUCAAUGGGAUUGGCAACAAUGGCUACGACAAUAAUGGUUAUAGAUUUGAAAACAAUGAACACGGAAAUGGCAAUCGAGAGGAGAUUGAAGACAAGAGACAAACCAACACCAGAGGCCGAGGAGACACGUUCACACUGCCCAUCAGUGCUGAUCCUCUACCAAUUCAGGUGGUGGAAGAUGAUGAUGGUGAGGAUUUAGACAUAAAAACAUUGUCAUCACCUGUGAGGGAAAGCUCCGCCUCCAGUGAAGCAGUCAUCCCAGCAUCAUCAUCAUCACUUGGCUUGGAUUCAUCUCCAAACUCUCAUCCACCUGGCAUAAGUCCACACCUGCCUAAAGAGCUCCCUCCUAUGGAUCCACGUUGUGAACUCACCAUAGACCAGGGCACCUGCAGAAACUACGUCAUCCGCUGGUACUAUGACAAGCAGGCCAAUGCCUGUGCCCAGUUUUGGUACGGAGGCUGUAAUGGAAACAACAACCGUUAUGAAACUGAAGAUGAAUGCAAGACCACUUGUGUUGUUUCCAGAAUAACUGGAUGACAAAACAAGUGAGAAGGCGGAUUAAUCCACAAUUUCCUAAUUUCUAGUUAUUUUUUCAUGUGUUUAGUAGUUUUCAUGCACUUGUUUAUAAUCUUUGUCCAAAGACACAAGCAUUUCUUAAAAUUCUAAUACAUUUUAACUUUUUGCUUUGAAGAAAAAAAACUGUUUUAUGUUCAUCUCAUUUAAUAAUGCUUCAUGAACCAGGAUUAAUUAUUUUCUGGGAAUUUAACUGCUCUGAAAGUAAAGGAACUUUAGAAAUUGUGGUAAUUUUUGAGAUGAAGAUCAAACAACUCUGAGCAACAUCCUUUACAUUUCUGAGUAGGUGUGAUAUUUGUUUUUAACUGUGUUGAUAUAAUUUUGUAACUGUUAGUUUUAGUGAUUUUGUGUAUAGUUGUCUCAUAUUUUUAGGGUAAAUGCUGGCAGCUGUAGCUAUUGUAAGCUGCUUUCAGGGAUCUGCAACGAGAAGGGCAGAUGAGUUGUUGAAAUGUUAUUUGUUUUUAUACCUAAAUAAAUAUUUUUGUAUGUUUUGGUAUCAAAUAAACUUCAAAUGAUA